AUGUCAUCUAUUUUACAAUACUGCUUUCGUGAUAAUUAUGAGUAAGUUUCCUAAGUAAAAAAGGAUGAAAAAUAGUUUUUAAAAAAAAGUUUUCCUAAUUAGUUAAUUAAUUAAUUAAUUAAUGAUAUUGAUUUUUUAGUAGUGGAUCUGGUGUCGAAAAGAAGACCGUCGCAAUCACUGACAACAAUCAAGAUCAGUAAGUUUCUCUAAGUUCGUUUUUGAAAAUAUAUACAUAUUUUUAAAAUUCCAGACCACCUUAUGAUGUCGUUUUCAAGUGGUCCCAAUCUUUUGAAUUUUUGAUGGAUAACAAACGUGAGAUUAAAAAAUCUUGAUUUUUUUUCUGAAAAUAAAAAAAAUUUUCGAUUUUCAGAAGGACAGAAAUAUUUCGCCGAAUUUUUGAAGGGCGAAUAUUCGGAUGAGAAUAUUCUUUUCUGGCAAGCUUGUCAGGAAUUGAAGAGGGAGAAGAAUGGAGAGAAAAUUGAGGAAAAGGUGAGGAUAGGAUUACUGUAGUUGAAAAAUGUGAGAUGUGUGUAAUUUUGCGUCGCGGUGUGUGUGUAUUCCAGAGGUUCCCGCGCUUUUCAAAGAUUUAAAAAAUUUAGAUCUUGAAGAAGAGGUUAAGGAGAGCUAUAGGAUUACUGUAGUUGAAAAAUGUGAGAUGUGUGUAAUUUUGCGUCGCGGUGUGUGUGUAUUCCAGAGGUUCCCGCGCUUUUCAAAGAUUUAAAAAAAUUAGGAGAAGGUGAGGACCAGGGAUUACGGUAGAUCUUGAAGAAGAGGUUAAGGGCACCCUUAGGACUUACUGUAGUUGAAAAACCGUUGCGAGACCACACAGAAAGCUUUUUACCAGUUUCUAGAAAAAUAUUCCAAAAUUUUUUAUUUUAUCUCAAUUCCCCGAACUUCUUCUAAAUCACCUGAUAUGAUUUAUGAAUAUUUUGAUAUUAUUUCACCAGGUGUUUUUUCCGAAUAAUUUUUUAUGCGAUCAACGUCACACGAAAUCUAAUAAUCAGCUGUAUUUAUUACGUAAAUAAUCGGCGAAAAUAAUUUUUUUUCCUUUUUCGUGUGAAAAUGUAUCUACAAAUUGGAUUUGCGUGCGCAAAAUAAAAUUAAAAAAAACAGACAUGUGGUGAUUAAUUUUUCUCAAAAAAAAAUCACGAGACGAGACUUUCACGCUUCUUGCGCAAAUUCAAAAGUGCAAGAACUUUUUUAAAAUUUUCAAAUGAAAAAAAAAAUCAAUUUUUCCCAGGCUCGAAUCAUCUACGAAGAUUUCAUCUCAAUUUUGUCACCAAAAGAAGUCUCACUGGAUUCUCGAGUUCGUGAAAUCGUAAACUCAAACAUGAGUCGACCAUCGGCCACAACAUUCGACGAGGCACAAAAUCAAAUAUUCACAUUGAUGCAAAGAGAUAGUUAUCCAAGAUUUUUGGCGUCGAAUAUGUAUCGGAAAAUGAUUGAUAAUCAUGGAAUGAUAGAAGAAGUCUAA